AUGGAAUAUACCUGGUAUAAAGGAUCAUCAUCAGUAGCAACAGGAAAGACCUUCACACUGAACAAGAUCAGCUCUGUGAACAGUGGAGAAUACAAGUAUCCUCCAAAAAGAAUCUCAGUGUCCAUCAGUCCCUCUGGUGAAAUAGUGGAGGGCAGUUCAGUGACUCUGACCUGCAGCAGUGAUGGAAACUCACCUGUACAGAAAUACACCUGGUUUAAAGAUGGUGGAAGCUCACCUGUAGGAUCUGGACACAGUUACAGCUUUACCUUGGACUCUGAAAGCAGUGGUCAGUACUACUGUGAGGUUCAGGAUGAACACGGAUCUAAAAGAUCAGAAGCAGUGCUGCUUAAUUUUAAAGGGAAUCCCAAUAUUACCCGUUACGUGAUUGUUGUAGUUGUGAUUGGGUGUGUAGGGUGGAUCCUUUUUCUUGUCAUUUUUUUUAUAAGGAGAAAGCGAAGAGGUCCUGUAGCAGAGCAAUCCAAACCAAAACAGAAAAACAUCUACAGCAGUGUUGCAGUGGACGAUACUACAAAUGACCCACCACCAGAUGCAGCCAAUCAAGAUGAUGGUUUUUAUGCUAGAGUACAACUCCCCAGACCAAAGAAACCAACAACCAAAGAGCGCUCUGCAGUUUCCUACGAGGAGGUUCAGUACAGUACCAUCCAGCCCCAUGGUCAAGAGGUGAAGAAGACUGGAGAAGAUGAUGUACAGUAUGCUAGUGUCAGCUUUUCCCGUACUGUUCCGUCCAACUGGUCUGCUGCAGCCGUGGAUCCCUCUGUGAUCUACAGCAGGGUGAAGUAAACAAAUCUGAAAAUCUGUAGAUCUGUGUACGACCCAUGCUAGACCCAUGAAUUUAAGAUUGUGAUGGUGGACCAGCUUGGACAGCUGGGUAGACCAUCUAAAAACCAUAAAACUCAAACAGAAGCAAGCUAUGCUAGUCAAAAUGUUAAUCAGCCAGUUUAUCCAGCUUUUAAUUUUAACAGAUGUUUCCAAAUUUAAACAGUAUUACACAGUGCCUACUACUGGUGACUUUGGGAACUGCUUAUGUUGGCAUUCCCUGCCGCUAUGCUGUUACGUCAUUUAAGCAUUAGCUUCAAGUUAGCAUUUUUCUAGUUACUACCUUAAACAAUCUCGAAAUUCAGAGGAUCCAGUGAUAUUUAGGAGAAAAAUGUACACAGAAUAAAACAUUCAGGGUUCUGCACAUUAUUUGCCACAGAAUGUGCUAGAGGCCAGUUUUUGAAAAGCCCAUUAAUUUUUUCCAUUGACAUGAAUCGCCAAGACACGAAACCCCAAAUAUAGACGCCGACUACAAAAUGACGACACAACUUUAGUAGUCUAUAACUUUUUAACCAGUUACUGUAUCCUUUUAAAACAGCCCAGGGAAUCUUGCACUUAUUUUCUGCCCAUUUCUGACUGCUUUCAACGUUAAUUCAGAGACGUGUGUGAGGUUACUUGUCCAUUUAAACUCGUGGAUAUUCUGCCAGUUUCCUUGCUGCUUUAAAACUUCUGGUUUAAGAGUGUACCCCCAAUCCUCGAUUUCAUUUAAACAUGGCCGCGGAGUGAAUAAGAUACAUAAAGACCUUUAUUAAAUGUUUAAUAAAUGUGUAUAAAAGGUUGCUGUUUUUUUUAAUGCAUUUUCAUCCUAUUUUUCAUCAUAUUGUUUAUACUUUACGUGUAUUCUAAUUUUGCAUAUGUUAAUUACAGUAGUAUUAAUGAAUACCAGUUUUUUAUUGAGUUUCGUAAACAAGCGUAUCCUCAUUUAAACUUAACUAUGAAAGCUUAAAGAGCGCCUAAUACUGGUGACAUUGGGAACUG